AACAUCGAGAAAACAAACCAUAUUUUCAAGAAUAUCUUAAAAAAAUUGAUAAUCAAGAACAUCAAGAAGACAAAAAAUCUUUACAAGCAUUUAUUAACAAAAUUGAUAAUCAACUUGUCAAUUUUAAAUUUUUUGAUGAAAAGGCCUUGAAAAUCAGUAAUUUUUUUAAUUAUAUGAUCAAUUCAGCAUUUGUGAUUCUUUCUGGUUUAGCUAAUUUAAAAGCUGAAAUCUUUUUGUUGAUUGAGUCAUUGAAUGAUAUUGAUUUAGAAAAUACUCAUCAGGAGGAAAUUAACUUAUCACUUGAUAAAACUGAUGAAUAUUUACAUAAAUGGGCUAAUUAUUGUACUAAUAUUACCGACCAAUUUAAAGAAAUUCAUGAAGAUCAUAAUAAUCUCAUUAAGAAUAUAGAAGAUAGCCUCUUUUUUUUUGCAAUUCAAGAAGAGAUAUUAGAUAAAAUUCCUGAUAUUAAAGUAAAAAUACUUUAUAAUUCUCAAGAACUUGAUAAGCCGAAAGUAGCAAGAUUAUUAACAAGCUCUAAAGAGUUAAAAAAAGAAGUAUAUUUAAACUUCUUUUUCAUCAUCGGGCUAAAAUUAGUAUAUGAUUUAACUUCUGAAUUAGAAAAUACAACAAGUAGAUUAAAACUUUUGGAUCUUGAGGCAAUUCAAAAAAUAUUAGAAGUUUGGAAAACUCUUUCUAAAGAAUUAAGCAAAGGAUUAGAAUUAGUAAAAAAUUUCAAAAGCAGCGAAUUAUAUGUUAAAGAAUGGUAUCUUGAUUAUGUUGUAGAAAAUUUGAUAAACAUAGACUGA